AUGGCAUCUUCCCAUACGGGUAACGCGACAUUUAGACAAUACAUCGAUCACAACAACAAGGACCUCGGAACUUUCGAGCAGUUCUACUUUUAUUCGACUGAGUUCUAUGGCGGACCUGGCUCUCCAGUUAUCUUGUUCACUCCUGGUGAGGUCAACGCCAGCGCUUAUACGAGCUACUUGACACUCAACCGGACCACUGGUGUCCUUGCCCAAGAAAUCGGUGCUGCAAUCGUUUGCAUUGAGCACAGAUACUGGGGUUACAGUUCGCCAUAUGCUGAUCUGACAACCGAGAACCUGCAGUACCUGACCCUCGAGAACUCAAUCAGCGAUCUGACCAACUUUGCCAAACAUGUACGACUUCCCUUCGAUUAUCACAGAAAGUCCGCACCCAACCGGGCGCCAUGGGUGAUGGUGGGGGGAUCAUACUCGGGAGCACUAGCGGCCUGGACUGCUUCCACCCAGCCUGGCACUUACUGGACGUACUGGGCUUCAAGUGCGCCCGUUCAAUCGAUACUCAACUACUGGCAAUACUUUGUACCCAUCCAGCAAGGAAUGCCCAAGAAUUGCUCUUCCGAUAUCUCCUUGGUGAUCGACCACAUCGACUCCGUGUUGCUCAAUGGUACAGCUUCAGAGAUUCACUCGCUCAAGAAAUCAUUCGGUCUUGAGGACCUGGAACACAAUGACGAUUUUGCUGCCGCACUGCAGAAUGGUCCCUGGCUUUGGCAAGGUAAUCAGUUCUAUGUGAACACUGGAUUCUUCGACUUCUGUGAUGCCAUCGAGAAUGUCAAACCUAACAGUACUAACACCACUAUACCUGGCGCCGAAGGUGUCGGUUUGGAAAAAGCACUUGCUGGCUACGCAGACUGGUUCAACGCGACUUACUUGCCUGGUAGUUGUGAGUCAUAUGGCUAUGAAGAGUGGCAAGGCGAACGCAACAUCAAAUGCUUCGACACCUAUGACCCAUCAAGCCCCAUGUACACAGAUACAAGUUUGUCAAACCAGUUCGACAGACAAUGGGUCUAUAUGACAUGCAACCAGCCAUUUGGCUAUUUUCAGACUGGAAGUCCACAAGACCGUCCUUCGAUCGUCUCUCGCCUGAGCACUGCCGACUACUGGAUUCGCCAAUGUGCUUUGAUGUUCCCUCCAUCCAACUCAUCAGUCGUUGGCCUUGACAGAGGUGCCACUACAGCACAAGUCAAUGCAAAGAACAAGGGAUGGAACAACUAUUCGCCUGGCUUGUUAUACGUCAACGGAGACUAUGACCCAUGGCGUGAGGCCGGUGUAUCUUCGGACUUCAGACCCGGGGGCAAGCUCGCAAACUCCACGCGAAACCCUGUCGUGAUCGUACCUGGAGGCUUCCACACCAGCGACCUAGUAACACGAAAUGGCAAAGUUAAUGCUGGAGCUAAGGCUGCCAUUGAUGAAGCUGUUAGUAUCAUGAAGAAUUGGGUUGGCGAGUUCAGUCAUGGUAAGCACUGGUUUCAAGGAUGA